AUGGCCCCUAUUCCAAGGGCCGAUCUGGAUGGGGACAACCCUUCUUCGGAUGUUGGUGACAGUCAGGACUCUCCACUGCGCCGACAAUUUUCCGAGCCAUUCCGCCCUCAAUCUACUUCUACCCAAAUCUCCCAGUCACCGGAGCCCAUUCCGCAACAUGUCAAGUGCGAUUGGUGUGGAAAGCUUUUAGAGCUACCUGAUGAUGAAAACAUCUCUGAAGAAGACAUUCUGAAUGAUCACAUCAAUGAUGCCCAUCCAAAGACCAUCAGCUUCUCUGGCUACGAUGGUCCCGAUGAUACUUACGAUGAGACUGGCGAUCUUCAAGAUGAUGACGCCAUUGAAGAAGAUGAGGACACUGCAGCUGAAACAGCCAAGCCUGAAGAUGGCGAGCCUCACGAUGUCGAAGGAAUUACCGUUGUGACCAAUGGCGAAAACAGUGACUCUGAAAACAUUGUCAAGCCUACUCAGACCACCGUCACUGCCGGCCAAUUUUCUACAGGGAAGAUCGAUUGGAUUGACUGGCUUUCCAAUCCGCGCACCUCAUUCCCGGAGGAACACCGCGCCCGCGAGGGAAAAUGGCGUGGCCCAGACGCCAAAGAACGCCUUCGACGUUUCUGGAAUGUCCAUGAUGUUAAUCUCUUCUCCUCGGAUUACGAACAGGAAGCCUCCAAGUGUGGAGCUUCUUGGGACGCUGCAUUCCAUGAUCCAACCAAAAUCAGAAAGCGCGAUGCUUCUGAACCCGCUAAUCACCCUCUACUAUACAAGAAAUCCAGAGUCGACAAGGGUGGAUUCCUGGAAGUCCAGGUUGAAGAAAUCGACAAACUUGUGAACAUGCUCCGCAAUCCCGGCAAUUACUCUUCUGAAGAACUCUAUGCCCUCACACAAACAGCCUGUUUUGCCAUGAAAACCAUCCAAGAUGAGUAUUUGGCGCUCGAUGAUCUCAACCUCAGGGCCCUCCGACACACCCGGGGCGAGUCUUCAUAUGAGACAAAGCGAAAUGUCAUGCAGGGCCACAAGAAGAAAGGUGGCGUCCCUCUGGCACAUGUCAAUGAAGACACACAAGAUUUUGCCGAAAAGAAAGAGGCAAUGCUCUAUGGUUACAAACACCAAUACUUCCCCACAAACAACCCAUUCAUUCCUAUCCGCACCAUGCAAGAUCCAUUCGUCCAAGGAGGCUUUGUCCCUACUCCUGCACAGGCUAGAAAGAUGAUCGCAAAGAAAAAGGAGACUGGCGAACCCAAUGCCGAUGGCUGGGCCACGAUGAAGAGACACGGUCUUGAUUACGUCCCCCAAGUGUGGGAGCCCCGCCGUGAACCAGUUCUUCCCAAAGUCACUCGCAAGCGCAAGGCCGCUGAGGUUGAACUUCCCAACAAGACCGAUGCUGAAGAGACCCAGAACGAGAGCGAAGAAGAGACUGAAGACGAUAGCCACCCACCAAAGCGACGCACCAGAGGCCGUGGCGGCAAGCGCCUUACUGGCGAAUCCAUCCAAUUUGACUCUACUCCUCGCCGAGGCUCUGGACCUGGACGUGGGCGCGGACGUGGUCGCGGUCGUGGCGCUGGACGCCUCGCUUCCACUCGGGCCACCUUCGAGGUCACCCCAACUCCUCAAACCUCCACCCGUGGCCGUGGUCGACGCGGCGCAAGCACCCUAGCCACCUCGAUCCCACCGGAGACCUCGUUCCCCGCCAUUGAACCUCGCACUGAAAGUCCUGUCGACGCCCCAUCAUCGAGCAAGAAGGAGGCCAUGUCUGCCGAGGCCAUUGAGGAGGCCCGGCGUGUCAAGAUCGCCAACUCAAAGAAUCCAAAGCGGACAAAGGCGAUGCUGGAUCACUGGGACCGAUUCAACCGCGAGGGGCGGAUCCGCAAUCCAAAGCGGUCCAAGGCCCAAAUCGAGCAAGACCGCACCGUCGACGGGGACAGCACUCAGGAGCCCCCCAAGCCCCUCGGCCGCCGUAAGCGGUCGCCAUCUCUCGCGCCGCUCGCCGGCAACUUGGCUCCCAAGGGGCCAGGCGGCCUGCCUUCAAUUGUUAGCGUACAGGCGCAGCAGCCAAUGCCCACCCUCCCUCCUAUGGGUGUGCCUCACUACGGCCACGGCCCUGUAAACCCUUACGCUGCUGCACCUGUUGCGCCUAUGGCGCAGUUGGGGCAACCCAUGCCGGCCCAGUACGCGCCAUUCCCGUACCUUCCUUACGGGAUGGGUUCCAUCCCGGGUCCACAUGAUCCGCGGGAUCCCCGACAUUGA